AUGCCAGUGUUGUAUCAUCUAACAUUACAGAAGCCUACAGCAAUUACCAAGACCGUUUAUGGUAAUUUCUCUGGUCCUCGAUUUCAUGAAAUUAUUGUGGCUAAAGGACAAGUACUUGAGUUACUGAGGUCAGAUAAACAAGGGAAAUUAAAUGUGAUAAUUUCUAAAGAUAUCUUUGGUAUUAUAAGAAGUAUAUCUACUUUUCGAUUAACAGGAAGUAAUAAAGAUUAUAUAGUUAUAGGUAGCGAUUCAGGAAGAUUAGUAAUAUUAGAAUAUAAUAAUGAAAAGAAUGAUUUUGUUAGAGUACAUUGUGAAACAUAUGGAAAGACAGGUAUCAGAAGAAUAAUCCCAGGGGAAUAUAUUGCUGUUGACCCUAAAGGUAGAGCAUUAAUGAUAUGUGCUGUUGAAAAACAGAAAUUUGUUUAUAUAUUAAAUAGAGAUAAUAAAGAAAAUUUAACCAUAAGUAGUCCUUUAGAAGCUCAUAAAUCACAUUCAAUUUGUCAUGAUGUUGUCGGUUUAAAUGUAGGUUUUGAAAACCCUAUGUUUGUAUCCAUUGAACAGAAUUAUGAAUCUUUAGAUAAACAAAUAAAUGAGGAAUUAGAAAAUGAAAAGGACGAUGAAGAUAUAAGUGAUGAAGAAAGGAAAGAUAAUAAUGAUAUAAUAAAUGAUAAAAAUAUGAAGGAUAGCAAAGAUAAUGAUUUUAGUUUAGAUUAUGCAAAGAAAGUUUUAUGCUUUUGGGAAUUAGAUUUAGGUUUAAAUCAUGUAAUAAAAAAACAUAUUUUACCUAUAGAUAUUACAGCUCAUUUAUUAAUACCUUUACCUGGUGGGCAACAAGGUCCAAGUGGUGUUUUGAUAUGUUGUGAGAAUUUUUUAGUUUAUAAAAAAGUAGAUCAUGAAGAUAUUUAUUGUGCUUAUCCAAGAAGAUUAGAAAUAGGACAAGAUAAAAAUAUAUCAAUAAUAUGUUGGACUAUGCAUAGAAUAAAGAAAUUUUUUUUUAUACUUAUACAAUCGGAAUAUGGAGAUUUAUAUAAAAUAGAAGUGGAUCAUGAAGAUGGAAUUGUAAAAGAAAUUGUAUGUAAAUAUUUUGAUACAGUACCUAUAGCAAAUUCAAUAUCUGUUUUAAAAUCGGGAUCACUAUUUGUUGCUGCUGAAUUUGGUAAUCAUUAUUUUUAUCAAUUUUCGGGAAUUGGUGAUGAUAAUAAGCAGUUCAUGUGUACAUCUAAUCAUCCAUUAGGAAAAAAUGCUAUAAUAGCAUUUAAAACGAAUAAAUUAAAAAAUCUAUAUCUUGUGGAUCAAAUAUAUUCUCUUUCACCUAUAUUAGAUAUGAAAAUAAUUGAUGCUAAAAAUACACAUACGCCACAAAUAUAUACUUUAUGUGGAAGAGGUCCUAGAUCUUCUUUACGUAUCUUACAGCAUGGAUUAAGUAUUGAAGAGCUAGCUGAUAAUGAAUUACCUGGUAAACCCAAAUAUAUAUGGACCAUAAAAAAAGAUAAUUUAAGUGAAUAUGAUGGAUAUAUUGUAGUUAGUUUUGAAGGUAAUACAUUAAUUUUAGAAAUAGGUGAAAGUGUUGAAGAAGUAUCAGAUACAUUAUUAUUAAAUAAUGUAACGACCCUACAUAUUAAUAUAUUAUAUGAUAAUUCAUUUAUUCAAGUAUAUGAUACAGGUAUUAGACAUAUCAAUGGUAAAAUAGUACAAGAAUGGGUAGCACCAAAAAAUAAACAAAUUAAAGCUGCAUCAUCUAAUAGUUCACAAAUUGUUAUAUCUUUAAGUGGUGGAGAACUUAUUUAUUUUGAAAUCGAUGAAUCACAUACUUUAGUAGAAAUAUUUAGAAAAAAUCUCAACGUAGAAGUAUUGUGUUUAUCUAUACAACAAAUACCACCAAAUCGUGUAAGAGCUAACUUUUUAGCAGUAGGCUGUUUAGAUAAUGUUGUUAGAUUAUUAUCUAUAGAAAAAGAUAAAUAUUUCAAACAAUUAUCUACACAUUUAUUACCCAAUAAUUCAUCUCCACAAGAUAUAUGUAUUUCUGAAAUGAAUGAUAAUGGAAAUACUACGAAAGAACGUAAUAUUAUUUUUUUAAAUAUUGGAUUGAAUACAGGUGUAUUAUUAAGAAGUAUUAUAGAUCCUGUUGCUGGUACCUUAAGUAAUCAUUAUUCGAAAUAUUUAGGAGCCAAAAGUAUAAAAAUAUGUCCUGUGAAUGUAAACAAAAAUCCAGCUCUUCUUGUACUUUGUGAAAAAACGUAUUUAUGUUAUAUGCAUCAAGGAAAAUUCUUAUAUUCUCCAUUAAAUUAUGAUAUGUUAGAAUAUGCUUCAUCUUUCUAUUCACCACAAUGUUCAGAUGGUUAUGUAGCUAUAUCAUCUAAUAGUCUGAGAAUAUUUCGUUUUUAUAGACUAGGAGAGGUCUUUAGUCAAAACAUAUUACAUUUGACUUUUACUCCGCGAAAAAUCGUACCAUUGCCAUUCCCUUCAUUAUUUUAUGAUCAUGACUCAUCACUAGAAUUAGAAAGAAAAAAAAAGAUAAGUAUGUUAGCCAUCAUUGAGGCAGAUCACAAUUCGUAUGAUGAAAAUACGCAAAGAGAAAUACAAAAAGCUUUAAAGGAUAUAAAAUUGAGUGAUACAGAAAGGAGAAAAGAAAAUAACAAUGAAAAUAAUAAUAUCUAUUCAAAUGGUGAUGUGGAUAAUAUAGAUGUAAAUGAUUCCGCAAAUGUGAAUGAAGAAUUUAAUUCAAAUGAUAAUAUUUCGUUAGCACAAAAUCAUAAAAAAGGUGUAUCAUACAACAAAGAAGAAGAACAACUUACAGACAAUAAUAAAAAUGAUACAGAAAACGUAAUAGAGACAUAUGAAAAUAAUACAUCAUUAAAUGAAUCAAAUGAUGAGGAAAAUGAAGAUGAGUAUUAUUAUGAUAGAAUAGGUACUUUUAAAGCAGGACAAGGAAAAUGGGGUUCAUGCAUAAAAAUUAUAAAUCCAGUUAAUUUACAGAUAUUAGAUAAAAUAUCUUUAGAUAUGGAAGAAGCUGCAUUAAGUGUAUGUGCAUGCGAAUUAGAAGCUUUACAUUGUCUUAUUGUUGGUACAACAACAAAUUUAUCAUUAAAAACAAAAGCUCUUACAUCAGCUUCAUUAAGAGUAUAUACAUAUGAUAUACAAUAUAAAUUGAAUUUAUUACAUAUAACACCUAUUGAAGAACAGCCAUAUUGUUUUUGCUCAUACAAUGGAAAAUUGAUUGCUUCCAUUGGUAAUAAAUUAAGAAUAUAUGCUUUAGGAAAAAAAAAGUUACUUAAAAAAUGUGAAUAUAAAGAUAUACCAGAAGCAAUUGUAUCUAUCAAAAUUUCUGGAAAUCGUAUCUUUGCAUGUGACAUCAGAGAAUCUGUGUUAAUAUUUUUUUACGAUCCAAAUCAAAAUACCUUGAGAUUAAUUUCGGAUGACAUUAUCCCAAGAUGGAUAACUUGUUCUGAAAUUCUUGAUCAUCAUACGAUUAUGGCAGCAGAUAAAUUCGAUUCUGUGUUUAUUUUGAGGGUUCCGGAGGAGGCUAAACAAGACGAAUAUGGUAUAACAAAUAAAUGUUGGUAUGGUGGAGAAAUAAUGAACAGUUCAACUAAAAACAGAAAGCUGGAACAUAUGAUGAGUUUUCAUAUUGGAGAAAUAGUAACGUCAAUGCAAAAAGUCAGACUAUCUCCUACCAGCAGUGAAUGCAUAAUUUAUUCGACGAUUAUGGGAACAAUAGGUGCUUUUAUUCCAUAUGAUAAUAAAGAAGAGAAUGUUGUUGAUGGAGAUUUGUGUGAACAAUUUUCAAGCUUGUCUUAUGAUGCGCAAAAAAAAAUUGCAAAUGAUUUGGAAAGAACUCCAGAAGAUAUUUUAAGAAAACUAGAAGAUAUAAGAAAUAAAAUACUUUAA